AUGCCAGACCAACUCAAGCCCAGUGAGGUCAACUCCAAGACCGACCCUUCCGUCGCCAAGCAGUACGACAACGAGACCGACAAAGUCAAGCAGAUCCAGGACUUCUUCUCACUCGCCGACGACAAGAAGAUUGGUAUCCUGAACACAUACCGCAACGGCGUCGGCCCCGUCGGACGCUCCAUGGCCACCGCCCGCCGUGACGGCCCUGACUUCCUCUUCCUCGCCAACAAGCACAGCCGCAAGUUAUCCGACCUCGAGUCGAACAAGGAAGUCCAAAUCACCUUCCAAGACAGCAAAACACAGGACUGGAUCUCCGUCUCCGGCACCGCAACCACGACCUCCAACUCGGACCCGCGCAUUAAGGAAGUCUGGUCGCGCGGCGCAGCAGCCUGGUUUGGCGACCUGGGCGACGGCAAGCAUGAUGGUACUGCUGAUGACCCGCGCAUGACGCUCAUUGAGGUUAAGAGCAAGUACGUGACGUACUAUAAGACGGAGGUUGGGCUGUUGGGAUAUGCGAAGGAGGUUGCUGGUGCGGCGAUCACGGGUGGUGUUGCGAAUACGGGUGUGCUUAGGGAGCUGAGCGAGCAAGAUCUCGAGAAGGCGAGGAGUAUGAAGUAA